AUGGCACUGCGCGCGGCCUCCAGGCUCCGCGCGCUGCAUUCCGCCGUGCUGCACGCCCCGCCUGCCCCCGCCGCCUACCCCCCCGCUCUAUUUCUGCCUCCUGGGGCCUCAGCUCCCGCCCUAGAGGUUCGGGGCUUUGCGUUGCUCGGGGCUAUUUCGCGCGCGGGGCAAGGGCGGAAGGGCAGCCGAGUAGGGGAAGCCGCCGUUACGGCCGAGUCGGGUGGAUGGUUUGUUGCGCGAUCGAACGGCAGUGGCAGCAGCGGCGGCAAGAGCGGCAGUAGGAGUAGCAGCAGAAGUGGUGGCAGCAGAAUUAGCGGCGGCAGCGGGCGGGGCAAACGCGUCGCGGGGCACGGGCGCAGUGGCGGAUGGGCGCAAGGGGGCGGGUCAGACGGGCGCAGCGGAUGGCGGCAGGGCGGGGGGAGGACGGAUUCUGACCGCGCUGACGGGGAGAACAGGGGCGUUCUGCGCGACGGGGGAGGUCUUUCGGCGGAAAAGGAGGGGGAGGUCGCGCGGGGCCCGUCGCUCUCCCGAGGAGUGUGCCCUCCGCGCCCGGAGAGAGGCGGGGCGCUGGAGCGCGCGGAAAGAGGGGAGACAGAGGGUUUAGGGGAAGGAGAGAGCAAAGGGGAGCAGCGGCGCGGGGUUGCGCGCGAGGGGCGCCGGCAGGGGGGCACACGAGUGCAGGGCGGGCGGGCGGAAGGGGGAGCGCGGGGGAGGAGGGGGGGAGGCGAGGGGGAUUUCCACCACUGGUGGGGGCGCAAGGGGAAGGACGCGUGGCAGCGCGGAGUGGGGGAGGGCGCGAUAGAGAAGAUGCAGGAGGCGUGGGAGAAGGGGACGUGGGGCGGGGAGAAGCUGGGCACGUGGGCGCGCAAGAAGCUGCGGCAGGGGUAUGGGUGGCGCGCCAAGGCGGCCGUGAAGGAGUGGGAGGCGAUGGAAGAGCGGUGGCUGCAGGAGGACAGGGCGCGCCUCAUGGCGGAGUUCAACGUGGUGUGGGACGAGCGGCGGGGGGGGGGCGGUGGGGGGGAGCGCAUGGUGGGCGGAGAGGUGGAUGGAGCGGAGGAGAAGAGUGUGUGGGGUGGGGUGGAAGGGGAGGGGAGUGAUGGGGCGGGGAUGGCAGGAGGGGAGGUGGAGGGUGGGGGAGAGGGUGCAGGGGGGGAGAGGGAGAGGAGGGGGGGGAGGCGGAGGAAUAAGGAGUUCCUUCGGUUGACGGAGGGUGGUGCUGGGGAGCAGGUGAGAGGUGAGCGCAUGGACAAGGGUGAUGUGAGUGGGGGCAGAGGCAACAGUAGUAGUGACAGCGACACCAGGGACACUGGCGGAGAGGUAUCGAGUGAUGGCACCGAGGGGAGCAGCCGCACAAGGGAGCGGGUGUACCGACCCGUGGAGAUGGACAGGGCGGCAUUCGUUCGGCAGUUUGUGGUGCCGGGAUUGAGAGUGCCGCCCGCCUCGUGUGGGGCGCUGGUGAAGCAGCUGGCGGCCGCGGGGUGCCUGCUGGACUGGCCUCGCCUCAAGAACGUGGCUCGCGUGCCAGGCGAUGGUGGGGACGAGGUAGAGGAGAGGGGGAAAGGGGGGGAGAACGGGAGGGGGGGCAGGAGAGGGGAAGAGGAGUGCAUGGCACGGGUGGAGGUGGUGGGUGCAGUGGCCUUGCCCCAUGGCCUACCCUGGCACGCCCACCCUCCAUUCUCCCCCCCUCACCAUAGCAGCAGCCCUGGCAGGCAAGCCAGCCGCAUCCUGCUGCUCCGAGAGGACCUUCUGCACUCACCCACUCACAUGCUGCCACCUGUGCUCAAGACCAUCCUUGGCGUGCCAUCAUCCCCUGCUGGGUCGCACAGCGUGGAGCAUACUGCGUGCGCCAUGCGUGCGCAGGAUGAGCAUGAACCAUGUCGCCAGGGUGCUAGCCAGGGACGCGAGGGCGAACGUGACGGCGCACCGAACGGCCAGCGCACGCACGGAGGGAGCAGUGGGGAAGGCGGGAGGGGUGGCGGGGUGGAGGGGGCGGAGCUGGUGGCGUGUGCGGUGACGGUGGGGUACGAGUACUGGACGGCGGACGACAUCCUGCGCCACGUGCUGCCCCCCCACGUGCCCGUGCCCACGUCGUUUGAGAGCGUGGGGCACAUCGCGCACCUCAACCUGCUGGACGUGCACCUGCCGUACAAGCACCUCAUUGCGCAGGUGCUGCUGGACAAGCACAAGCCGCGCAUCCUGUCGGUGGUGAACAAGACAGCGGCCAUCCACGAGGUGUACCGCACCAUGAAGCUGGAGCUGCUGGCGGGCAGCUUCCGCCUCGUCACCACCGCCAGGGAGAGCGGCCUCGCCUUCAAAGUCGACUUCGCCCGCGUGUAUUGGAACUCGCGUCUGGCCACGGAGCGAGCUCGCCUCGUGUCAACCUUCACCUCAGCCGAUGUUGUCUGCGAUGUGUUUGCGGGAGUGGGGCCCAUCGCGGUGGCGGCAGCCAAGCGUGUGAAGCGCGUGUACGCCAACGACCUCAACCCCUCUGCACUCACCUUCCUCGCGCAAAACAUCAUUGCUAACCGUGUGGACGGCAAAGUCGAGAUAUUCAACCUGGACGGCCGUGAUUUCAUCAGGCACCUGCUGUCUCUGCCGCGCCCGGUGCACAUGACACGCAUCGUCAUGAACCUGCCUGCCGACGCCAUCGAGUUCCUCGAUGUUCUCAAGGGUGCAUUUCCUCUGGGCAAGUGGGGCACUCGGACCCCUCCGCCCAUGAUCCACGUGUAUGCGUUCUCCAAGGCCGCUGACCCCGAGCUAGAGCUAUCCCAGCGCAUAGCAGCAGCGCUGGGCCAGCCCGUAACAGGCAUUGACUUCCACAGGGUGCGCCUCGUGGCGCCCUCCAAGUGGAUGCUCUGCUGCUCCUUCCGCCUGCCCCCCGCUGUAGCAUUUGACUCCUGGUGA